UAAUGUUGACUUUGUAUGCAAGGGCCAGGUCCAGUUGGGUCCAGUAUAAAAGCCUCAGCUCCCUCCCAGACAGUCUGCUCUGCCGCUCAGAUCAGGAGACCCACACACACACACACACAGACCAUGAAGCCUCUCCUCCUUGUGGCGUUGUUCGGAUGCCUCGCCACCGUCUUUGCAGCCCCUGCAGAGACGGUGAAAUGGUGCGUCAUUUCGGAGCCAGAAUUACAGAAAUGCACAGAGCUUGCAACUGCAGCUUCCAUCUUCUCAUGCGUAAAGAGGGAGAGCCCUCUUGAUUGCAUCAUUGCAAUUAAGGCCGGUGAAGCAGAUGCUAUCACAGUGGAUGGAGGGGAUGUUUACACGGCUGGACUGAACAACUACGACCUGCAUCCCAUCAUUGCUGAGGAAUAUGGCGCCGCUUCAGAAACAUGCUACUAUGCAGUCGCCGUGGUGAAGAAGGGAACUGGAUUUGGCAUCAGAGACCUCCGAGGGAAGAAAUCUUGCCACACUGGUUUAGGGAAAUCUGCAGGCUGGAAUAUGCCCAUUGGAACUCUGGUGGCCCAGGAUAUAAUUCAAUGGGCCGGCAUUGAAGACAGAAAAGUGGAGGAGGCGGUGAGCAGCUUUUUCAAUGCCAGCUGUGUCCCGGGGGCAGAGCGCAGCUCCGGACUCUGUAAACUAUGCAAGGGAGACUGCUCUAAGUCCCAAAGGGAGCCAUACUAUGACUACAAUGGUGCCUUCCAGUGUCUGGCAGAUGGAGUUGGAGAUGUGGCUUUUGUCAAGCAUCUCACUGUACCUGAUUCCGAUAAAGCAAACUAUGAACUGCUGUGCAAGGACAACACCAGACAAUCUAUUGACAACUAUAGAUUGUGCAACCUGGCCAGAGUGCCAGCUCAUGCUGUGAUUUCCCGAAAGGACCCACAGCUCACACAGUUAAUCUGGAACAGCCUCAGUGGAGUACAGAACUUCAACCUCUUCUCCUCUAAGCCACCUUACAAGAAUCUGAUGUUCAAGGAUUCAACCCAAAAACUGGUGAAGCUGCCUCCAAAUAUGGACUCCUUCCUGUAUCUAGGUGCUCAAUACAUGAGUAUCCUCAGAUCACUCAAGAAAGAGCAGACCCCAGGUGUUGCAUCUCCUGCUAUUAAAUGGUGCGCUGUGGGCCAUGCAGAGACAGCAAAGUGUGACACGUGGAGCAUCAACAGCUUGACCGGAAACAGCGCCUCCAUUGAGUGCCAGAACGCCCCAACAGUUGACGAGUGCCUGAAGAAGAUUAUGCGUAAAGAGGCAGAUGCAAUGGCAGUGGAUGGAGGACAGGUUUACACAGCUGGAAAGUGUGGUCUGGUUCCUGCCAUGGUGGAGCAGUAUGACUCAGCCCUCUGCGGUUCUUCUGGAGCUGCAGCCUCCUCUUACUAUGCUGUUGCUGUGGUGAAGAAGUCUUCCGGAGUGACCUGGGCAAACCUGAAGGGAAAGCGAUCCUGUCACACAGGCUUUGGCAGAACUGCUGGCUGGAACAUCCCCAUGGGUCUCAUCUACGAUCAGACUAAGGACUGCGACUUCACUAAGUUCUUCAGCAGUGGCUGCGCCCCAGGACUGGAGCCCAGCUCUCCAUUGUGCCGACAGUGCAAAGGCAGCGGCCAGACCGUGGGAGAUGAAGCCAAGUGCAAAGCCAGUGCCAAUGAGCAGUACUAUGGCUACACUGGAGCCCUCAGAUGUCUGGCUGAGGAUGCAGGAGAUGUUGCCUUUGUUAAACACACGACGGUUCUUGAAAGCAGCGACGCUGACAGCUACCGGCUGAUCUGCCCUGGGAAGGAUCCAGUCCCAGUUAGUGAGUACCAGACUUGUCACUUGGCAAGUGUGCCAGCGCAUGCUGUGGUGACUCGUCCAGAGAGCCGCAGCGAGGUGGUCCGCAUCCUCCAUGACCAGCAGACUAAGUUCGGAACCAGCGGAAGCGACCCCACAUUCAGACUUUUCCAGUCUGAGAAUGGAAACAACCUCCUCUUCAAGGACUCCACCAAAUGUCUCCAGGAGGUUGCAUCUGGAACUUCUUAUAGCCAGUUUUUGGGACAAGAAUACAUGUCAGCCAUGUCUGGACUCAGACAGUGCACUGAAACAGCUUCAGAUCUGGAGAAAUCUUGCUCUUUCCAUUCCUGUCAGCAGGACUAAAGGAGCAGUGGAUGGGUGCAGCACCUCGGUCUGCUUGCUGAUAUUUACCCACACUUUCCUACACUUGAUGACCCGCAAUUCAUUGAGUUUCAUCCAAAAAAUAUGAUACUUUUGUAUUCCAGUUUUUGUUCAACAGGCAACUUUCAAAUCACUAAUCACACAAUCAUUAAUGUUUUAAUGACUUAGAAAAAGUUACACUUCCUUUGUACUGUUUAAAAAUACCUGCCUUUUCUCAAAUAAAGCCUUUCAAAUGCUC